AUGUUUUCAUCGCGGAGGAAACCUGUGCUGUACUUUAAGGAGGAGAGAAGGAUUGCAUGGCGGCGCUGUUCCAUGUACAAGUUGUUUGGAGUUUUGCUGCUGCUGCUGUUGGCAUCGCUGCUGUGGCUCCAGCUCAGCUGUUCAUCCGACAUGGCCGCAUCUUCCUCCUCGUCCUCCUCUUCAAGGUGGGACGGGCGCUUCCCUCAGCAGCCACCCCCGCCUUGCCGACCCGAAAGAGGACAAGAGGCGUCGUGGGGGCCCCACAAGCUGGCACUGGUGGUGCCCUUUCGGGAACGCUUUGAGGAGCUGCUGGUCUUUGUGCCCUUCAUGCACGCAUUCCUCAACCAGAAGAAAAUAGCGCACCAGAUCCUCGUCAUCAACCAGCUGGACCGCUACAGGUUCAACCGAGCGUCCCUGAUCAACGUGGGCUACCUGGAAAGCGCCAAUGACACGGACUACCUGGCCAUGCACGACGUGGACCUGCUGCCCCUCAACGACGCUCUGGACUACAGCUUCCCUGCCGACGGGCCCUUUCACGUGGCCUCCCCUGACCUGCACCCCAUCUACCAUUACAAGAGAUAUGUGGGCGGGAUCCUGCUGCUCACCAAGAAGCAUUACAAAAUGUGUAACGGGAUGUCCAAUCGUUUCUGGGGGUGGGGUCGCGAGGACGACGAGUUCUACCGCCGUCUGAGGAAGGCCAAUUUGCAGCUCUUCCGGCCCAGCGGAAUCACCACGGGCAACAAAACCUUCCUGCACAUGCACGACCCGGCCUGGCGCAAGCGGGACACCAAGAGGGUGGCGGAACAGAAGCAGGCGCAGUUCCAAGUGGAUCCAGAAGGGGGCCUCAGCAACCUGCGCUACCACGUGGAGUCCCGACAGGAGCUGACUAUAGGGGGCGCUCCCUGCACAGUCAUCAACACCGUGUUAGACUGCCAGCAAGAUGAGACACCAUGGUGCGUCUAUGCUUAG